AUGCCUCGAUAUCGUCCCGUCCUCUUCUCCCUCGCACUGCUGCUCAUCUCCGUCUCUGUCACCCUCCCCUUCCUCACCUUCCGCCUGCCGCCUCUCCAUCUCCCCGCCCUCGCUCGCCGCGACCUUCGCCGCUUCUUCCGCUCGCCUUUUAUUUCCCACCAGCAGCAGCAGCAGCAGCAGCCUUUCGAUUCUCGUUCACCUGAGCGUGUCGAACUUGAGAAGCCGUUUGAGGCUCGGCAAACCGAGCCUAGCAUGGAGCGUUCGCUCGUCCCUUUCCGUUCGCUCGUCCCUUUCCGUUCGCUCGUCCCUUUCCGUUCGCUCGUCCCUUUCCGUUCGCUCGUCCCUUUCCGUUCGCUCGUCCCUUUCCGUUCGCUCGUCCCUUUCCGUUCGCUCGUCCCUUUCCGUUCGCUCGUCCCUUUCCGUUCGCUCGUCCCUUUCCGUUCGCUCGUCCCUUUCCGUUCGCUCGUCCCUUUCCGUUCGCUCGUCCCUUUCCGUUCGCUCGUCCCUUUCCGUUCGCUCGUCCCUUUCCGUUCGCUCGUCCCUUUCCGUUCGCUCGUCCCUUUCCGUUCGCUCGUCCCUUUCCGUUCGCUCGUCCCUUUCCGUUCGCUCGUCCCUUUCCGUUCGCUCGUCCCUUUCCGUUCGCUCGUCCCUUUCCGUUUCGCUCGUCCCUUUCCGUUCGCUCGUCCCUUUCCGUUCGCUCGUCCCUUUCCGUUCGCUCGUCCCUUUCCGUUCGCUCGUCCCUUUCCGUUCGCUCGUCCCUUUCCGUUCGCUCGUCCCUUUCCGUUCGCUCGUCCCUUUCCGUUCGCUCGUCCCUUUCCGUUCGCUCGUCCCUUUCCGUUCGCUCGUCCCUUUCCGUUCGCUCGUCCCUUUCCGUUCGCUCGGUCCCUUUCCGUUCGCAUCGUCCCUUUCCGUCGCUCGUCCCUUUCCGUUCGCUCGUCCCUUUCCGUUCGCUCGUCCCUUUCCGUUCGCUCGUCCCUUUCCGUUCGCUCGUCCCUUUCCGUUCGCUCGUCCCUUUCCGUUCGCUCGUCCCUUUCCGUUCGCUCGUCCCUUUCCGUUCGCUCGUCCCUUUCCGUUCGCUCGUCCCUUUCCGUUCGCUCGUCCCUUUCCGUUCGCUCGUCCCUUUCCGUUCGCUCGUCCCUUUCCGUUCGCAUCGUCCCUUUCCGUAUCGCUCGUCCCUUUCCGUUCGCUUCGUCCCUUUCCCCUUUCGCUCGUCCCUUUCCGUUCGCUCGUCCCUUUCCGUUCGCUCGUCCCUUUCCGUUCGCUCGUCCCUUUCCGUUCGCUCGUCCCUUUCCGUUCGCUCGUCCCUUUCCGUUCGCUCGUCCCUUUCCGUUCGCUCGUCCCUUUCCGUUCGCUCGUCCCUUUCCGUUCGCUCGUCCCUUUCCGUUCGCUCGUCCCUUUCCGUUCGCUCGUCCCUUUCCGUUCGCUCGUCCCUUUCCGUUCCGUUGUCAGGCGAAAUAUUCGCAGCUGGUUCGGCAGCAUACAGCCCUCACAUUGGCCCAUUCAGCCCUCCUGUUCCAAGCCGAGCAGCAGCAACGCACCAUUGGUUCACUGCAAACCCAAUCAGAAAAUGCCAGCUUGGCGAUCAACCCUGUGAUGUCCACCGGUUCACCUCAAAGAGCACAUGAUAUGCAUGAAGCAACGCCGAGCCGUGCGAGUGCUUCUGAGGCACACUCUUAUAACGAACGUUCUACUAACGGGUCUGCCGAAGGCCCUGAAGCUGCCAGGGGAGUUUCCAGCACAGAUGCAAGCAGCUCAGUCUCAGGGGCGCCAGAGUUGCCUGCCGAACCAAAAUCUGACGAUUCCGAAGCUGCGAGUUCAGGCUCGGUUGCAGGUGCGGAGGGUGAGUGCGAGAGUGCGCUGAUGGCGUGCCAGCAGCAGCAGGAGCUGAUGAAACUGGCCGGGGGAGGUGGGGAGGGAGGCGAGGGCGGCGAGGGGGGAGUGGGAGACAUGGUGCAGGAGCUGGCAGCGGGCAUGAAGAGCCUCGACGCGUCCUUCCGCCUCGCGCUGGUGAGUGCAAGGGGGGGGGCAGUGCGAUGGGGGCGGUGUGAUGGGGGCAGUGUGAUGGGGGCAGUGUGA